CCACGGCAUCUCAUCUAGGGAAGACACGCACCGCGCGCCACGGGUACUCCUCACCAGGAUCCAGUCGGAGCUGGAACGGCAUCGCUUCUCUCGCGCGAGGGAGACACAGGCAGUGAGCGGUGCUGCGGUGCUGCCUGCUGUGCUUCUGUUAACAGUGCAUUCAGGAAUUCUUGCAAGGAGUUCAGUGCGUGUGAUAUAAACUUAUUAGACCCAAACGUUGAGGGCCAUGGCGAUUUUCAGGAAUUGAUCAGUUUGGGGCCCGACACUUGAUAUGCUGUAUGUACUUGAAGGAAAAUCUCUAAAAUAAAACAAAAGAAAUGCGUGCACAGAAACGACAGUAAAUAAAUGAAUAAAUAAAUAAAAGAAGCACACUACAUUAGUUAGGGACAAACUGAGAAAGAAGAAAAAAAACCUAGAUGAUGAAUAAGAGAAGAAUCUGCUGAAGUUUGAGCGGCAAGAAGUUGAAGUAAGUAGCGGGUGAGAUCAUGUAACACUCAACUUUGUGCACGCAAGUGGUGAGGACAGGCAGCGCGGAAUCCAAGUAGCAGUGAAUAUUGUGAUCCGCCGCCGCUAAAAUGAGUUUCUUCAGACUUGUGUGUUUCCUGCUGCUUCUGGUAACACAAGGAGUGAGAUGUUCAGCGGUCACGUGGACUCGAGGCAAUGACGCGUCCCCUGAGCUAUUCUCUGACGGUCUUUCCCCGAGCCAAGCAAGUUUGGUGCGUCCAUUCAGCUUCUCUUCCUCCUCCUCGCCCACCAGCACGGCCAACAACAGCGUGCUUCAAGGGGGUGCCGUGUACCCUAGCAGCAUGACGCACAGGGUGGUGGGGGCGGGCUCCAGCGCUGUGUUCACGCCUCCUGCAAGAUUCAGCAACACAGUGCUCCCCUCUUUCGCCAACACCACCGUCACCAACGUCACCGUCAUUAGAGGAAAGACCGCCUACCUCCGCUGCCAUGUUCUCAAUAUUGGCACCAAAACAGUGUCGUGGGUGCGCCAUGACGACAUUCACGUACUGACUGUGGGCCGUCUCACCUUCACGAACGAUGACCGCUUCGAGGCCAUGAACAAGCCGGGAUCGGACGUUUGGUCACUGCGCAUCAAGUUCCCGCAGUUGCACGACUCCGGCAAGUACGAGUGUCAGGUGUCCACGCGGCCCACCCGUUCCCGUGUCAUCACCCUCAACGUAGUGGAACCCCGCGCCGUGAUCCCACCUGGACCAGAGCUGUAUGUGGACCACGGCUCGCCUCUCAACAUUACCUGCGUGAUACCGGACAGCCCUGAGCCCCCUGAUCACGUCUUCUGGUAUCACCGAGACAAGAUGGUGUCGUUCGAUGGUUCCCGGCAGGGCGUGUCCAUCACCACAGACAAGGGCUCCGUUACCACCAGUAUUCUCCUCAUCCAGGACGUGACAACUAAGGACUCCGGCUUGUAUAUAUGUGCUCCUCAGGGCAUGAAGGAGGCGUCUGUGAGAGUUCGGGUGCUUAACGGAGAAUUACCACAGGCGAUGCAGACGGGCUCCACCUGCCAAGGGUGCGGCAGCUCCUACCUGCUGCUGCUGCUGGCAGCGCUCUACCUGCUACUGCUGUGAUUGUUCUCGCUCGCCGGUGUGUUGCCAAUCAUUGCCUUCGAAUCGGCCACAAUUGAAGCUCAAUAAGGAAAAGUGUGACUUGAGAAGGAUGCGUAUGAUCCCACAGGACGUCACGUGGCGGGGCUGACAUUCACAUCAGAAGACAAUUAUUUUCCUAUUGCCGGAUUUUUUACUAUGACCUCCAGCGGCCGACGAACGAACGCGAACCACUCGGUCAGAUUUGCAAAAGCUUUACGGACGAAACGAGAAGACCAAGAGCUUAGUGCACGUGACUGUUCGUACUCGUGCUGGCUAGUGUGUUUGCGCGCACGUGGGAGGUGUGUACGUAUGUAGUGUAUGUUGUGCCGCGUGAGGGUGAUAUAUGGCGCCGAGUUGUGUAUACCCAAGUGACGACAAGUACUGUGCUGCACUCACAGGGAACAAGAACUCUUUUUUUUCUGAUAACAUUCGAUAGAGAACCUUUACCCGGGAACUUGUGAUAGUGUUUUGUAGCGACACCUCUCACUCAUAUCAAGGAAUGCCUCUAGAAGUGAACGAAGAGAAUAUAUCUCAAUGGAAAGGAAACAUUCAAGUAGAAGUCUCGUAUUGUAGGGUCAUGUCAUUAAUGUGUGCUGGUUCUACGUCAGUAAAUGUUGACUGUGUGUAACAUGAGAAAAAAUACACAGAAAAUCUAAGCUUAAUUUACGAUGCCACGCGUCAAAACCAUCUCGUCGUGUUUUGAAACAGUGAAUGGUUGAAGUGCUUGCAAUCUGGAGCCGCCAUGGUACAGCGCGCAUUGUGCUCCAAGAGAUCCCCAAGCCCAUGGGUUCGAAUCUUGGUCACGGUCCGAGUGUACACAGGGCUUUCUUAAUAGGAGGUAGCCCCAAAAAGUACCUCCUUUAGCCCAUAAAAUCCCGCGGAAAGCCCACAUUAUAUAAUAAAAAAAGAGAUGCAUCACUGUUGACACAACACCGCUACACGCAUCGGGAAGGAGUGGAGGUAAUCCGAUUACACCGCAUGAGUUGGUUCAUGGCACGAGAGUGAGGAGACAGCCACAAGGCCACACAAUACAAGGUGAAGGAAAGGAAAACACCAAGCGUCACUUCCGGGAGACGAACAUGGUGGGUUAUUCAUAUUAAUAUUUCCUUCGACUUGAUGAUUAUGAUGAGUAUGAUGCACCAACAGCGAAUUGUGCAGCUCUACUUUGCUCACUCUUAAGUUCAUUCCUAUUUCGAUUCAGUAUAAAUAUUGAGAUACUUCCACCAAAGUAAAUAAAUAAAUAAAAUAAAAAUGACUAGCUGAAUUGAUGCCACGUAAGUCAGUGACGUGUCCGGUGGGAAGCUCUCCCGCUGAGCAUGAAUCAUUGUUCUGCAACAGAGGAAUUAAUUAAUCUGAUAUUCUUAUUUGUGAAGCUGCCGCCAACACCUUUAAACUCUUUCACCUUUAAUACUUUAUUCAUGUUUAGCGAGAAGCACUACACUGAUUACCUAUGUGCGUCUCUUCCCCAGUCCAACCCCAACACCCCUACCACACCCACCCACCCACAAACACACACACACACACACACACACACACACACACACACACACACACACACACACACACACACACACACACACACACACACACACACACACACACACACACAGGUCACAUAAAGAUUGUUACGCAAGAAAGGCAUCACAUUUCUCAAUAACGCCACCUAUUUCCAAACUAUCCAAGACCAAGAGUGAGUAUAACAUUUUCUCCCUUGUCUCAAUAACAAGACAACCAUACAAUAAUAACGUAUUUCCUUUGACCUUGUUGUGCUCGCGGAGGGACGCCUUGGGAGACCACGCUGCUAUGUUCACGAGAAGCCGAGGCGAUGGAAUGGAGAAGGUUAAGGUCUCAUUUAUAUACCAGAUACUACUUUCACCACCUAUCUGUAUUUUUAUAUACGUGUCUAAUACAAUAAAUGUAUUUUUCUA